UUUUCCUGGGGUCAAUAUCAGUGACUUACAAGUUAAGAUAUAGUAUCAAAUAUUACAACUACAUCUCUAACAAUUGUUUCUCGGAUAUUUUCAGGAUAUGAGAGGUAGAAGAGGAGGUCAACGGCUAAAACCAACUUGCUGAAAAUAUAUUUUUGUUUCUGCGGAGAUAACGUAGUUGGUUUCCGCGUGCUGGAAGAAGACAGAUAACUUCUUCUAGAGAGAGAGAGAGAGAGAGAGACAAAAACCCUAAAGGAUUUGCACGGAGAAGACGAGGAAAACAAAAUUGAAAGACCAAAAUUUACCACUGAUUAAGAAAGAAAAAAAAUGUCGUUCCGUAGCAUAGUUCGCGAUGUGAGAGACAGUAUAGGAAGUCUAUCGAGGCGUAGUUUCGACUUCAAGUUAAGCAGCCAGGUCAAAGAAGGUGGGAAAUCUCGUGGCUCGGUUCAAGAUUGUCACGAGGAACAACCCUUAGUAUUGAUUCAAGAAACCCCGUGGGCGAAUCUGCCUCCUGAGCUGCUGCGUGAUGUGAUCAAAAGGCUUGAAGAGAGCGAAAGCGUGUGGCCUGCUCGCAAACAUGUUGUCGCCUGUGCUUCUGUCUGCAGGUCAUGGAGAGAUGUGUGCAAAGAGAUUGUUCAAAGUCCAGAGCUCUCUGGCAAAAUCACAUUCCCUGUUUCACUUAAACAGCCGGGACCAAGAGAUGCAACAAUGCAAUGCUUUAUCAAAAGGGAUAAAUCAAACCUGACUUACCAUUUAUACCUUUGUCUCAGUCCUGCUUUGUUGGUUGAAAAUGGAAAGUUUCUUCUUUCCGCAAAACGCAUAAGAAGAACUACAUACACCGAGUAUGUGAUCUCAAUGCACGCCGACACCAUUUCGAGAUCAAGCAACACGUACAUUGGCAAGAUUAGGUCUAAUUUUCUUGGAACAAAGUUCAUAAUAUACGACACACAACCACCAUACAACAACAAAGCCUCUCAGGCGUCUCAACCGGUAGGACUUAGCCGGAGGUUUUACUCAAAGAGAGUCUCUCCAAAAGUCCCGAGCGGUAGCUACAAGAUCGCGCAGGUUUCUUACGAGCUAAACGUUCUUGGUACACGCGGUCCAAGGAGAAUGCACUGCGCAAUGCAAUCGAUUCCUGCUUCUUCUCUUGCUGAAGGCGGAACCGUGCCUGGCCAACCUGAGAUCAUCGUGCCACGCUCUUUUCUCGACGAAUCGUUCCGUAGCAUUACUACAUCCACCUCGUCGAGAAAAUUCACGAGCGAUUACUCAACUGAGUUUAGCAGCGCCCGGUUUUCCGACAUUCUUGGCCCUUUAGGAGAGGACGAAGAAGGAGAAGGGAAAGAGAGUGUUUCUCCACCGCUUGUGCUGAAAAACAAGCCACCAAGGUGGCACGAACAGCUUCAAUGCUGGUGUUUAAACUUCAGGGGACGUGUCACCGUCGCAUCGGUUAAGAACUUUCAGCUGAUUGCAGCAAACCAGCCUCCGACUCAGACUCAGACUCAGCCGUCGGGGCAGACUCAGAGUGAUGGACCGGACAAGAUCAUAUUGCAGUUUGGGAAAGUGGGAAAAGACAUGUUCACUAUGGAUUUCCGGUAUCCGCUCUCUGCGUUUCAGGCUUUCGCUAUCUGUUUGAGCAGUUUCGACACGAAACUCGCCUGCGAAUGAUAAAGGCCUAAGAAGAGCUUUGUAUGUAAUGUUACUUUCACAUAUGUGUUUUUUAUGCUUCAGGAGAUUCUUGUUUCCUAGGUGUUUUUUAUUUUCACCGUAGAAUCUCAGAAUUAGAUUUGUUUCAAGUUUCCAUCUCAUCAUUUAUUCUGAUCUGGUUAUGUUGUUUAUUA